UAGCUCUGGAGCUUGUACCGGAGCUUGUACCUCUACUGGAGAGGAGACUCGCUAAGUGUGGCAUGACAUACUAUAUACAUAUAUACGUGAAAUCAGAUGGUUCGUGUAUGCGAAAAUCCAGUGGGUGUGAGAAUGCAAUGUCACAAUCAUGUCUUUUAGGUUAAUGGCUCUGAUUAUGCUGUGACUAUUCAUGCCAUCACUCAUCCAUCCAUCCAUCGUGGGCGACUCCUGCUGGGUUCGGCUUGGCCCAUAACUAACUAGCUUGACCCGCCAACGGUGGAAUGGAUGUAGCGUGGUUGCUCGCCGAGUUAGCGGCGCCUGAGAAGCGCUUGAAUCUCUGGCACGUGGUCAUCCAGGACUGGAUCGUGUUCCAUCGAAAUCGGUUCGAUCAUUUUGAUGCCGAUGGCCAUCCCUAUUUGACACAGUCCUUCUUGAUUGAGGUCUCCACGGGAAAAUACAUUCACCGGGCCCAAGGUCAGAACAUUGAUUGGGGCACCGUUUUGGACCUGAAUCUCAUCCCAUCCAAGUUAAGACAGGUCUUUGAGGAAGGAUGGGUGUGCCAGGGGUUUCCAACCCGCGAUAUUCAUGGAAACAACCGGAAUUUCAAAACCUUGGAUUAUCCGUACAAACGACGGGUGGCCCACGGCUGUCAAACCUACUUUCCUAAAGAUGACUGCAAGACCGAGGCCCCAGGUUCGUACAUCUGUCCCGCCUGUCGAGAGGCGUGGCAUCAACUCACACUCAAACCGACCUCCGCCCACUUUGAUCUCAAGCUCGAGGGUCUCAAAAGUGAGGAGGCGGAGGAAGAGCAGGAGGCUGCCCACGCCCAAUUUCCCCCGGCCGAUUUUGUGGACGUGGGUUUGACCGAACUGAAGGAUAAUCACGAACACGUAGUUGAUGAUGGGGACGUGGAUUUGUCGUUUGAAUCCGAAGAGGAAUUUCAAAUCCGUCCCAAGAAGCGUCAGCGAACCACCCGAAAGAAAACCAAGGCCAAAAAGGAACCCCAGACAGACCUGAUUGUAGUGAGUGGCAGCGGCGACCUUGAGGAUGACAAGCGAAUCUACUCGUGUAACCAUUGUUCGGAAACUUUCUCGUCCCUCCACAACUACCACAAACAUCAGCGUGACAAACGGCGAGUAGGUUGUCCGGAGUGUUGUGAGGACAUUGUCACGUUCAAUCAGUUGGUGAAACACGCCUUUGACUACCAUGCGGUCACGGCUCCCAAUUACCUCAAGUAUGUCCAAGACGAGGAGGAAGAGAAGAGCAUGAAAGUGCCGAGGAAGUGUCUCAUGUGUGAUAUGGUCUACAACGGCAUGGUCUUACUUCACCGUCAUAAAGAGCUCUACCACGAACUCGGAGAUUACCGAUGCGAUGAAUGCCAACAGCCUUGUCUCACUUACUAUGAUCUCAUGAUUCACCAAUAUCAGUCCCAUUCGAAAGCCGUGCCACGGCUCCAGCCUCACACCCAUGGUGUUGACACCAUUCAGCAUAAAGAUGGCAAGGUCGAGAAGAAGCGGACCUUAUUCGUGUGUCCUCACUGCCAAGCGUCGUACAAGGCCGAUUCUAGGUGGACGGUUCACAUGCGAACCAAGCACUCCUGGGGUCUUUUCGAGUGCAAACCUUGCGAUGAGGUGUGCCAUUACGCCUCCGAUUUCUCGUCCCACAUGAUCAACUUCCACCCGGACAAUUCGGACGUGAAAUGCCCGAGUUGUUCGAAGCUCGUCAGCUUAAAAGAGGAUCCCGAGGCAUUCAACGUCCAUUACCAGGAUUGUCCCUAUGACUCGGCGAAAGCCGUGAAUGAAUAUGAAAAGAAGAACACAUUGUACCAAUGUGAUUAUUGUGGCAAGAAUUAUUUCUCGAAGAACUCGUUUGACGCUCAUAUUAAACAGCAUCAAGGGAUUGAACGGUUCAAGUGCACCCAAUGUGACUAUGGCACCAACUAUAAAGGCGUCCUUUUGGAUCACCAAAAGAUGCAUCUUAGGGAACAAGGUCUCACCAAUGCCGACAGUGAAUUGGUUCUCUUCCAUCAGUGUGACCAAUGUGGAAAACAGUAUUCCAAUAUUCAGGGACUACGGGAUCAUAUCAAACGAGUUCAUCAGGGGAUCAAGCCCUCGUUCCCGUGCAAGGAUUGUGGACGAACAUUUACCAACAAAGCGUCGCUCUACAAUCAUAAGAAACGCGAACACGGAUUUGUAUCCACCCAGACUAAGAAAGGGCGCAGACCCUUGACUUAGCUUGGUCGAGUGUCUAUACUGAUUUCUUUGAAGUAGUUGUCUAGCAACUCUAAAAAUGUCAUUAUAUGCAUUCAAGUACCCUCCAUUUGCGAAUGGUGGACGGGGAAAUUUAAGUUAUUACAUAUGCAAUACAAAUUUUCGCAUG